ACCGUGCGUGGUCCGGUCAGACGUCAGUUCCUGUCGGAGAGAUUUCCAGAGAAGGACGCGAGUACGAGCGGGCAGGUUGCGCAUAAGGACAGUGAAUUUACUUGCCUUUUUCUGAGAGUUAUGACCAGGAACUGAAGUUUCUGUCAUUCUGUUACCGUAAAGAAGAACAGAUGAUUCCCAUAUGCCCAGUAGUUUCCUUCACCUAUGUGCCAAGCCGGCUUGGUGAAGAGGCCAAGAUGGCUACUGGCAACUACUUUGGAUUUGCCCAUGGUGGAGCUGCUCAGUAUAGCCAACAGCCAGCAUCUGGGAUGGCUUAUUCACAUCCAACUACAGUGGCAAGCUAUACAGUCCACCAGGCUCCAGUAGCUGCUCACACGGUUACUGCAGCCUAUGCUCCAGCAGCUGCCACUGUUGCCGUCGCUCGUCCUGCCCCAGUUGCUGUUGCAGCUGCUGCUACAGCCGCUUAUGGUGGAUAUCCAACUGCUCAUUCUGCGACAGACUAUGGAUAUACUCAGAGGCAGCAGGAAGCUCCACCUCCACCUCCACCAGUCACAACACAAAAUUAUCAGGAUUCAUAUUCUUAUGUCCGCUCCACUGCUCCUGCUGUAGCUUAUGACAGCAAGCAGUAUUACCAGCAACCUGCUGCAGCAGCAGCUGCUGCUGUUGCCGCCCAGCAACAACCAUCUGUGGCAGAAUCCUACUAUCAGACAGCUCCUUUCGCCUUGUCUCUUCCAGUUGCCCCCAAGGCUGGUUACAGCCAGGGAGCUGCACAGUACACACAGGCUCAACAGACACGACAAGUGACGGCAAUCAAACCUGCUAAUCCCAGCCCUGCAACAACUACUUUCUCUAUAUACCCUGUUUCCUCUACUGUGCAGCCUGUUGCAGCUGCAGCCACUGUAGUUCCUUCUUACACACAGAGUGCCACCUACAGUACAACUGCUGUUACAUACUCUGGUGCAACAUACUCUGGGUAUGAGGCAGCAGUAUAUUCAGCUGCAUCUUCUUACUAUCAGCAGCAGCAACAACAGCAAAAGCAAGCAGCCGCUGUGGCAGCAGCUGCAGCUACCGCUGCAUGGACAGGGACCAAUUUUACAAAAAAAGCUCCAUUUCAGAAUAAACAACUAAAGCCGAAACAACCUCCCAAACCACCUCAGAUCCACUACUGUGAUGUGUGUAAGAUCAGCUGUGCUGGACCUCAGACCUACAAGGAACAUUUGGAAGGGCAGAAACACAAGAAAAAGGAAGCAGCUUUAAAGGCUUCUCAGAAUACAAGCAGCAGCAGUACAGCAGUCCGUGGCACCCAAAACCAGCUACGAUGUGAGCUCUGUGAUGUUUCCUGCACAGGGGCAGAUGCAUACGCUGCUCACAUCAGAGGAGCUAAGCACCAGAAGGUUGUGAAACUGCACACAAAACUGGGUAAACCCAUUCCCUCAACUGAACCAAAUGUUGUCAAUCAGUCUGUAACCUCAGCAGCUGUGUCGAAACCAGCAGCCUCAACAGGCGCUACAUCCAGCACGAACGGCAAUUCCUCGGUCACCACAUCUACUGUGAAACUGCUCACCUCUUCUUCCGGCUCCUCUCUUAGUGCCACAAGCAACAACAAGAUAUCCAGCCUCUCCUCCAGUAGCAUUGUGAAGAAAGUAACCACGCCAAAAAUAACCUUUGUAGGUGGCAACAAACUACAGUCAACUGGUAAUAAAAUAGAUGACUGCAAAAUGGCAGAUAACCCUAAGGUAGUUUCUAAUGCCACAGUGCAGUCACAAGAGGCAAAGAUCGACCCAAUGUCAGAUGCUGCUCAGACUCUUGCUGCUUUGCAAAGUGAUGUACAGCCUGUUGGUCAUGAUUAUGUUGAGGAGGUGCGAAAUGAUGAAGGAAAAGUUAUCAGAUUUCACUGCAAACUUUGCGAGUGCAGCUUUAAUGAUCCAAAUGCAAAGGAAAUGCAUUUGAAAGGAAGGAGACAUCGACUGCAAUACAAGAAAAAAGUUAAUCCAGAGUUACAAGUGGAAGUAAAGCCUAGCAUUCGCGCUAGGAAGAUUCAGGAGGAGAAGAUGCGCAAACAGAUGCAAAAAGAAGAGUACUGGAGACGACGCGAGGAAGAGGAGCGAUGGAGGAUGGAAAUGAGACGCUAUGAAGAAGAUAUGUACUGGCGGCGAAUGGAAGAAGAGCAACAUCACUGGGAUGAUCGACGGAGACCAGAUGGAGGUUAUCCACACGGACCUCCAGGGCCCCCAGGGUUACUGGGAGUUCGACCAGGAAUGCCACCUCAACCUCCGGGACCAGCACCCUUAAGAAGACCAGACUCCUCUGAUGAUCGUUAUGUUAUGACCAAGCAUGCAGCAAUUUACCCAACAGAAGAAGAACUGCAAGCUGUCCAAAAAAUUGUAUCUCUCACAGAACGAGCCCUCAAACUUGUAUCUGAUACUAUGGCUGAACAGGACAAGAGUAAGACCAAGGAAAGUGAUGAGAAGAAGGAACCUGUUAAAGAGAGGGCUUUAAAAGGAGUCUUGCGUGUUGGUGUGCUAGCUAAAGGUUUACUGCUACGUGGUGACCGGAAUGUCAGCUUGGUACUUCUAUGUGCAGAAAAGCCGACUAGAACACUGCUGACUCGUAUUGCCGAAAAUCUGCCUAAACAACUUGCAUUAAUAAGCUCUGAAAAGUAUGAAGUCACUUGCUCUCUUCAGGAAGCAGCGAUUGUACUGAAUUCGUGUGCGGAGCCUAAAAUGCAAGUUACAAUAACCCUUACCUCUCCGGUGAUAAGAGAAGAAAACAUGAGAGAUGGAGAUGUAACCUCGGGUAUGGUGAAAGACCCACCGGACGUCUUGGACAGGCAAAAAUGCCUUGACGCUCUGGCUGCUCUACGCCACGCUAAGUGGUUCCAGGCUAGAGCCAACGGUCUGCAAUCCUGUGUCAUAAUCAUCCGUAUUCUCCGUGAUCUCUGCCAACGUGUGCCCACAUGGUCAGAUUUUCCCAGCUGGGCCAUGGAGUUACUGGUGGAGAAGGCAAUCAGCAGCUCUUCAGGACCUCAGAGUCCAGGGGAUGCUUUAAGAAGAGUGUUUGAAUGCAUUUCAUCUGGUAUAAUCUUAAAAGGUGGUCCCGGAUUACUUGACCCAUGUGAAAAAGAUCCUUAUGACACUUUGGCCACUAUGACAGAUCAACAACGAGAAGAUAUUACUUCUAGUGCGCAGUUUGCACUGAGACUGCUUGCGUUCCGACAGAUCCACAAAGUGCUCGGCAUGGAUCCACUGUCUCAGAUGAACCAGCGUUUCAACAUACAUAACAACCGCAAGAGAAGGCGAGACAGUGAUGGUGUGGAUAGCUUUGAAGCAGAAGGGAAGAAAGAUAAAAAGGACUAUGAUAACUUCUAAAAUGCACUGAAAUAUCUAGGCUCCUAUAUUCGUGCAGAACUUCCCUGAAAUACAUUUCCACAUGUAGGUUGUUUGAUCAGGUCUUUUGUGGGGUAUCUAGUACCAAAACUGCCAUUCUAGCCUGUUACAGUUACACUACUCUAGAUCUUGAUAAAUAACCCAGCUAGAUGUUUAAUUUUUCUUUUUAAAUAUUUGUAUAGAGUUGUUUAUUUUUCUUUCUCCCUAAUAAAUAAAUCUCCAAACACCAUCCUAUCCUUAUUUCUUACACAUCUAUUUGUGAUCCUGUACCCCUUCUGUUUGGAUAGGAUAAUUUCCAGUAACAUAUUGGGCUGUAGUGCUCACCUGUUAUUGUAGUGUUUUAUCCAAUAGUAACACUUAAUUUUCUGCUCUCAUUUAGGUCACUGAAUUAUUAUUUUUUUAAAGGACUAUGAUAAAGGGAAAGCUUCCCUUCUUAAGUUGUUAGUUAAUUUGUAUUCGAUAUUGGCAUGAACAGUUUCUUGUUUAUUUUGAUUUUUUUUUUGUUCUCCUGUAUAUUGGAACACCUGCAUAUAAGUACACUCCCAGUGUAUUUUGUUUUGCAAGGCUUAGAACACAGUCAGACUGUCCUUAUCCCCAAUUGACUCUACUAUGUUUAAGUGUUUCUGCAAAUGUUGUGACUUUUGUCUCAACAGUAGGCGUAACUAAGGCAGCUUCCUGUCAACUUGUCAUUUAUUUUGUUGUGCUAAAGACUGAUUUAAAAAAGUAAUAUAUAACUAUGGUAUGGUCUUUAAAAGAAAUAAUAAUUUGCUACAUAUUGGCUGCAUGGGUUUUUCUCCCUUUUUUUGUUGUUGUGUAAAAUGACUUUUAAAGCUUGUAAUAAGUAUUUUUCUCUUUUUGCUAAUGUGAAUACAUUCAAGUUGUAUGUGGCUUACCACCUGCAUCUUUCUCUGGCCAUACCACUCAUUAUGUAGGAAGGCAUUUCAGUAACCCAGGCUGUCGAUUUGCAAUGAAACCUAUUUAAGACUUUGACCUGAUUUGAGUUAUUAGAGCGGUUUGCAUGAUAUUUAAUGCAGUAGCAAUUCUUGCUUUAGUUGCAUAGAUUGAUAUUUGGCAUACACCAAAAAGUUAAAGUGCACCUAGCUAGAAAAAUCUAGGCAUAUUCUGUAAAACACUAAUUUGUAUUAGUAUUUUUAAUUUUGUUUUCCAUUUUAAUUUUGCAGCUUUGGGUUCACGUUAGAAGUGGGCAAAUGAAUAAGUCCAUCAGAGUUUUAAUUUACAAAUAAUGCCCCACGUGAGUUAAUCAGAAUCAAUUGUCCAUUAUAGACAUUAUGUAUAACAUAGCUAGUUGCUUUUUUCUAAAAAUGCACAUUUAAAUUUGCAUCCCAUUUUUUUUUAAUCCAGUUUUUAAACUCCAUGCUGGCUGAUAACUUUUCAAACCUCAUAAAAGCUGUGGUAAUUUUAGCAUGCAUCAUCUAAACUGCAAGUAUGUUAUAUGUAUUUAAGUGAAGAACUUGGUAGACAGAGCAGGAUGUUCCUGUUCACACAUUACAAUAUUUAAAGUAAAUAGAUGUUUUGGGGCACCUUUUUACAAAUGACACUGAAUGUCUUCUCAAUAGGUUUCAUUGUAUGUCCUUAGAGACUGCCCCCUUCCUUUUGGCAUUCUGCACUUUAAUUACUAGUGCAUUGCUAUCACAUUUCCACUCUUUCUCUCUUCCAUUUAAGACCAUGUCUAAUCACAGCAACAGAGUAUUAAACUGUUAACAUUUAGAUGAUUACUUGGUCUGUCCUCCUUUCAUUAACUGUUAAGACCAUGGUGUAAUGUAGUUUGCAUUAUUUUGUUAAUGUAUGCUCUGGUACAGAUACCAUUUUGUUGUCACAGCAAUGCAGUGAAAUAAACCUAAAAGUUGACAAUCUAA